GUUAUAGUUGUUGUUUUAUUGUCAGUUUAUGUAAAAGGACCCUACCCUACCGCAACAAUUCUGUAAUCAGACCAAAAUCCCCACCUGUUCGGUGUGCUAUUAAGUGCUCGCUUGUCAAAGUCUCGCGUUCGCUGCUACCGUGACGGUGGAAAAGUGUGUUCCUUCCUUCCGUAUUUUUAGUCGAUUGAUUGAAAAGCUACCGAAAACGCGCCGCGCUCGAAAGCCUCCCAUUCGCGCCGUGCUUCCAGUUCAUGGUCCAGUUGUCCCGAUUUGUUUUUCUCGUUUUAUUUUAAUAAUACAGGUUUGAAGAUGAGCAAAAGGGACAGUAAUAAUGGAAACAGUAAUUUUAAUGUGGAAGUUGUACAAAGUAAUCAGGAGUUAAUCUCGGAAAAAAGGCGUGGCAGAAAAAGAAAGAUUAUAAUGAUAACCGGUGGGACGAUUGUGGUUAUUGUGGCAGCUGCUAUCAUUGCCGCCCUUGUUAUACUAUCGGGCUCGUCGGAUGCGUCUCCGGUGGACAAAGAAGGAAAGGCGCUAACAUUGGAGGAUUACAUAGAGGGACGAUUAAAUCCCAAGUCGUUUAAUGGUAGUUGGAUUUCAGGUAACGAAAUAAUGUACAGAAGCCAAAAUGGCGAUAUUCGUGUAUAUAAUGCAGACACUCGAACUCACGAAAUUCUUGUGCCAUUCCAUGCAACGCCAGUUUUAUCGAGAGCCGUCGAUUUCUCCAUAUCUGCCGACAGACAAUUCAUGCUGGUAGCUCACGACUAUCAAAAGAUAUACAGGCAUAGCUACGUAGCUCAAUUUACAGUGAUCAAUUUGAAAACGCUCGCAAUCAGCAAUAUCAACGCGAACGGGGAGCUAAUCUUGCAGUUGGCGGUAUGGGGACCCGUCGGAAAUGCAAUCGUUUUCGUAGCAAGGAACAACAUUUUUUACCAACCCAGUGCUGCGUCGUUCAGCACACAGUUGACGGUCGACGGACACAUUGGGAACGUGUACAAUGGAGUUCCGGAUUGGGUUUAUGAAGAGGAGGUUCUUAGUACGAACCAGGCGCUUUGGUUUUCACCGGAUGGGAAAAAACUGGCGUACGGUAAAUUCACUGAUACUGCCGUAAAAAUUAUGACACUCCCAGUGUAUGGCGAACCCGGAAAUUUAGACUUCCAGUACACGAAAGCGGUCCAAGUUCGAUAUCCAAAGGCUGGCACCAAAAACCCUGUCGUUACUUUACACGUUGUCGACUUAGAAGUCAACAGUGACGUUAACCUCCUAGCGCCUUCCAAUGUAGCAAAUCAAGAACCAAUUUUGGCAGCAGUGUCGUGGGCUACCAAAGACACAGUGAGUGCCAUAUGGAUGAACCGAGUUCAGAACGAAGCAUCAAUAGUUAUGUAUAAUCUAGGCGACCCUCCUACUAUGCUAACUGUUAACACUUUGAAGCAAAACAACGGUUGGUUGGAGUUAUUUACUCCACCUAAGUUUUCCAAAGACGGCUCGAAAUUCCUGAUCAUCCAUUCACAAGACCAAGGGCACGGAGCAGGAUCGUACCGACAUAUAACAAUCUACCCAACAAACAAUGCAAACAAUCCUGGCAAGCCCUUAACUUCUGGCCUAUUUGUGGUCACGGAAAUAUUGGAAUGGGACGAGGCGAAUGACUUAGUGUACUACCAAGCUAAUAUGCCAAACGCUUCCGAAGUUCAACACGUCUUCACAGUGUCGGUCAACACCUUGAAAACGAAAUGCGUAACCUGCAGUUUGCGGGAGAAAGAGGACAGUUGCUCGUAUAAUUCUGCUCAAUUCAGCAAAGAUUUGUCGCACCACGUAUUAAACUGCGAAGGACCGAAUGUUCCCGAAACCAUGAUAUAUUCGAAGAACAAGUUGGUUGACGUGUGGGAACGUAAUUCGGAUUUGCGCGACUUAGUCCGAAACGUGAGAACGCCUGUGAUAGAAAAGCAUAGGUUCGACCUUCCGGGUGGAUUUAAGGCACAGGUGAUGCUUAGGUUGCCUUCGAAUAUAGACAAAAGUGGGGACACAAAGUAUCCAAUGCUUGUGAACGUAUAUGGAGGUCCAGAUUCCUUCCAAGUGGUAGAUCGAUUUAAUAUGGAUUGGGGUAGUUACCUGGCUGCAAACAAAACCAUCAUCUACGCCACCAUUGAUGGUAGAGGAUCCGGUUUAAAGGGCGACAAUAUUAUGUUCUCACUCUAUAGACGCCUGGGUACCAUUGAAGUUGAGGACCAAAUUAAUGUUACAAAACAAAUUCAAAAAACGCUACCGUACGUGGACGAGACUAGAACCGCAAUUUGGGGUUGGAGCUACGGUGGUUUCGCAUCCGGCAUGGCCCUAUCGGAGGACACGACGGGGGUUUUCAAAUGCGGCAUUUCAGUUGCGCCUGUAACAGAUUGGACUCUUUACGACUCCAUAUACACUGAACGCUUCAUGGGUUUACCAACACCUGCAGACAAUGAAAAAGGGUACGAAAACGCGAAGCUAAUCGAGAAGUACGAGGGUCUUCGUAACAAAGACUACUUUCUCGUGCAUGGCACCCUCGACGACAAUGUUCACUACCAGCAGUCCAUGUUGUGGUCGAAAGUUUUAGAACAAAACGAUAUUCUCUUCCGCCAAAUGAGCUACCCAGACGAAGAUCACAGCUUAGGGUCAGUAAGACCGCAUCUCUACCACUCCUUAGAACAAUUUUUGGAUGAAUGUUUUAUAGACAAUGAAGUUUAGCAAAAUGACCUUAACGCAUACUCAGCCUAGUCAAAGGAACCAUCAAAUUAAGAACCAAAACCAUGUUCAGAUCUCACUUCAACUAAUUCGCAAAAUAUGUGGCAUAAUUGAUAACGUUGUGAACUCGAGGUUCACGAAAAAAUGUGUGUACUUAUAGGUACUAUUUUGAUGUCAUUUAUACAUUUGUACUUGGUGUAAAUAGUAUUAUUGUAACAUAUUUGUUUGUAAAAAAUAUUGUCUUUUUAUAAACGUUGAAAUAUUUA